UUGAAUUUGAUUACUUCUACUUAUUUUUCAGGGUAUAGCUGUUCUUUUUGUGUUAUGUGAAAAACGCACGAUGGGUGUGUAUUCCGCAAUUUGGCGGAAAGUAAAGGAACUGAAUCCAAAUGCAUUGCAAAAAAUACAAUCGGUCAUGAGCGAUUACGAACGCGCAGCAAUGACGAUUGCAAGAGAAGUCUUUCCGAACUCACGAUUAACCGGCUGUUGGUUCCAUUUUAAUCAGGCUGUAUUAAGACGCUGGAAAGCUUUAGGUUUAACAGCAGCUCCAAAUAAAGUUUUAAAACUUACCAUGGCCUUACCGUUGGCUCCGGCUGAUAUGUUUGAGCAAGGAUUACAAAUCAUUCAAGAUGAAGCCGACGCGGUGUCAGUGGAGUAUCCCGUUGUAUUACAAUUUACUGCUUACUUGAGACGUAUUUGGUUCCCUUUAAAAGAUAAAGUCUCUGUGUUUGAUAAUCUAAGAGAAUUGAUCACCGAUCAAGAAAUAAAUAUGGCAAGACUAUUGCAAGGGCGUAGGGUAAAAAGAGUACGAGUUCGUUAUAACAUGGUUCGUGAAACACAUAUUGCGGAGGCACAGUUUCUAUUAAACUUAGGAAGAUAUUCGUUGAAGGAAUUCCUUUUAGCGUUGAGUAAUGCAACACAGUUACCCGAAGAGAAUAUUGAUUUACAGGACAAUUUUGAAAUGGCAGAAGAAAUGGCGGACGGACAUUUGUUUGAUGCUUAUACAGUGGAGCAGCCUGCGCCUGUAGUACAUUAUGAAAUCCAACAGGCUGAUACAAUACAUCCUAUACGUACGAUCGCUAGAGAUGAACCAUUAGCAUUAGAAACAACGGUUACUGACGAUUCAGCAUUGCUAGCAAACCAUGAUGUUGGAAGAAGACGUGGAAUAUCCUCACGUGGCCGCGGUAGACCACGUAGACGCGAUCGUAAUCUGCAGAGAGGUAAAGAGAUGAUAUUUUUCUAA